AUGGAUGAUCUCUGGAAGGAUAAUAACAAUUUAUACAAAGUUCUUUGUUUCUUUAUAACGGAAAAUGAGAAACUGUUUGAUAGGAGUGACGCGCGAUUGUACUGGAAAACGGUUUUCCAUACUUUUUCCAUCAUACUCCAUGUUUAUAUUACCGCCGUCGCUUCAUGUUUUGAAUUGGAAAAUAACCCUGAUGUGGAAAUACAGUCUCUGCACACCUACAGGGCAGGUUAUAUUACCGGCUGGAAUUUCGCGUUUCAAACUAUAUUCCUCACGCUCUCGCUGGUACAUGACAUCUUAGAGUGGCUCAACAAGCAUGAAUACAGCCUGGCGUCCAGGUUACGCUACUGGCGUGACGUAAUAUUUUCUGGACUUGUUGUACCCUUUACACUGUUCGUCUCUUCCAUGUUCUGGUGCGUGUACGCGGUAGAUCGUGAGUUGGUCUUUCCGAAGGCCUAUGACGAUGUGGUGCCUUGGUGGUUUAACCAUUGCGUCCACACCAAUAUUUCUGUUGUGGUCCUGAUUGAAACCUUGCUGCAGGCCAGGAGAAGACCCAGAGAUUUCAAACGGGAAAUUACAUUCGUCAUUGUCAUCGAUAUUUUAUAUGCGAUUGUGUACUACUCGAUUUACUUCUUUACUCACAGAUGGCUGUACAGAGUCUUCGGUGUAAUGACUUGGUGGCAAGUUUGCUUAUACCAAUUGCUAAUUUGGCUGUCAUCCUUCGUCUUCUACUUUAUUCAGUUCCCUAUAAACAGGCUGAUUCAUGGCGGUGAUGAUGAAUCUGAAAAAGUAAGUACAGGAAUCAUCCAACCAGCCACAGAUAUAGUGACCACAGUCAAUACUCAAGUUGGCGAAGAUGAAACGACUAUGAACGGAGUCAAAGAUGAUGAAAACAAUGAUGUAAACGGAGUAAACAAAGGCAAUACAGAUUUGAAAAUUCCACCUUUCUCGACCAAAUCUUGGAGCUUAAAGUAUAGAUCGAUAAGAAGUCAAUUCGAGAACUCGCAUUUGUGA